GGAUAUAGUGAAUGCAGUGGUCCGGGGAGACCGGACAUAGUUAUUUUGCAGGGAGGGAGACCGGAUUAUAGUGAAUGCAGGGUCCUGGGGAGACCGGAUAUAGUGAAUGCAGGGUCCGGGGAGACCGGAUAUAGUGAAUGCAGGGUCCGGGGAGACCAGAUAUAGUGAAUGCAGAGUCCGGUGAGACCGGAUAUAGUGAAUGCAGGGUCCGGGGAGACCGGAUUAUAGUGAAUGCAGGGUCCGGGGAGACCGGAUAUUGAAUGCUCCGGGGAGACGGAUAUUAAAGUGAAUGCAGGGAGUCCGGUGAGACCGGAUUUAUAGACUUUGAAUGCAGGGUCC